CUAGCAUCCAGACUGAAGGACUGGUUUGGAGUUCUCCACCUCGACGCCAACCGAGACCUCAAAUCCUCCGCCAACUCUGAUUCAGCGGCAGGACGUGAGUCACACCAUUAUCUCUGUGUAUAUGUGGGUGUGUAAUUUUAAAAUUUUAAUUGCACUGCCAUUUGAAAGUCCGUUGUUCUUUUCAGUUCUAAUGAGGACUGUAGAUGAUGAGGACAGUGCUCCUCUGUGCUCUACUAAAUGUCAACGUGUCUCACACUUCAACAGUACAAACUCUCUCCAAGCACUUUACUCAGGUUUUGGACUGAAAAGCCCGAAGACAAGAGUCACUGACUGAAGCCAAGACACGAGGCCCUGACUGAAGCCAAGACACGAGGCCCUGACUGAAGCCAAGACACGAGGCCCUGACUGAAGCCAAGACACGAGGCCCUGACUGAAGCCAAGACAAGAGGCCCUGACUGAAGCCAAGACAAGAGGCCCUGACUGAAGCCAAGACAAGAGGCCCUGACUGAAGCCAAGACAAGAGGCCCUGACUGAAGCCAAGACAAGAGGCCCUGACUGAAGCCAAGACAAGAGGCCCUGACUGAAGCUAAGACAAGAGGCACUGACUGAAGCCAAGACAAGAGGCUCUGAAAGUACCCCCUCAAAUACAACCACAGAGUUUCUAAACCCAGAGGCCCAACAUCGCGAUACUUCCGGAAACGCUUCGUGAAGCAUACUCGACAGACCAGACAGGGGUUUGGGAAGUCAAUGGCAGAAGUAAAAAAUAUUAUUUAGUUGUUCAUUUUCUCAAAAUCUAAAGGCACAACGUAGAUGUCUUAAGUAGCUGAACAAGUUAUUACUCCAACCUCGUGAAAGUGACAAACUGAAAGAGACAAACUGAAAGUGACAAACUGACACGUUUUCAUUUUCGUCAAAAUCAACUUUAUAUUUCAGGAGUGCCUUUGAUUUGACGGCCUGCACAUGCGCAGUUCGGUGCGAGACGAUCGUUCAAUCCGAUGAUGUGUUUAGCUAGCCAACAUCACCAUGACAUCACCUAAAAGCAUGAUCGGGGAAGCAGUUUCUAGGAAUCUUCAUACUGUACUGUCUUUGCUAAAACAGACACACACACACACACACACACACACUAACACACAAACACACACACACAAAUGUCCUAAAACACCCUCCCCCCACCCCCCCACAUACACACACCUCCCACUAAUCUCCCCCUCUCCCCUCUCCCAGGUUUUGACACCAGUAUCUUGCCCAUCUGUAAGGACUCUCUGGGUUGGAUGUUCAACAAGCUGGACAUGAACUAUGACCUCCUGCUGGACCAAUCAGAGCUCAGUGCCAUCUACCUCGACAAGUAUGAGCUGUGUAUGAAGCCCCUGUUCAACUCCUGCGACUCCUUCAAGGACGGGAAACUGUCCAACAACGAGUGGUGCUACUGCUUCCAGAAACCUGACGGUGAGAGAGAUGGAGGGGUGAAGGGAGGGCGGUAAAAAGGAAGGGAUUGAGAGGGCAUGGAGGGCAUGGAGGGAGGAGGGAUGGGAGAAGUACAGAGAGCAAAAAAAGAAAGAGAGAGGUGUGUGUGAUGGAGAAAGUUCAUUUGAACUGUUCUGUAUUUAACACUAGUCUGUAUGUCUUUCUCCAGGUCUGCCCUGCCAGAAUGAGAUGAACAGGAGUCAGACCCAGGGUCGGCGCAACACUGUCAUGGGUCAGUCUGCUGGAGUGACAGCUGUCAGUCACUCCUCUGCAAAAUGACAGUUUUUAGUGGGAUGCACUAACACUGCAUAUGGAAAUGAAGCUACAUAUUUAGCCGCAAUACAUCAUCCAGCUGACAACAACACAAAAGAUCAAUAGCACGCACACACACACACCCUGAAAUUUUAUCGAAAAGUCCCCCACCCCUAACCCCUUCAAACCCUCAGCCAAACGGUCAUCAAUAAUCGUGUGUAAUAGUGUUAUAACUCACGACAAAACACACUUUGAGAAAUGGUCUUUCACUGGGUCACAACAUUUUUAAAAAAGAGGUUAACGGGUUUGUGUGUGUGUGUGUGUGUGUGUGUGUGUGUGAGUGCUGUUAUUGAAAGUGCCUGGACCCCUUUAAGCAGGAUGUAUGACUGUUGUCAGAGCCUAGGCUCUAGUAAUUGAUUGUUUGCCUCAGCCUCUGCAUACACAAAACCUACAGGGACAUGACCAUGAUCACAUUGGAGAUGGAGUGGGUUUUUAGUAAAUAUGGUUAUAUUACAGGAUUGUUUAGAAUGUAUUUUACUUAUCUCUCUCUCAUUCUCUCUCUUCAUCCCUCCCUCCCUCUCUCUCUAGGGGUCUAUAUUCCACGCUGUUCUGAGGAGGGUUACUUUAAGCCAACCCAGUGUCGUGGUAGUACUGGACAGUGUUGGUGUGUAGACAAAUACGGCAACGAGAUCGCCGGCUCCAGAAAACAGGGCAACCCCACCUGUGGUAAGACCAAUAACAGUCAACCCCCCCCCCCCACACACACACAUAACCAACACACAAUCAUGUACACAUGCAUAUAUACUGUAUGUACCAGAGCUUGAAAUGCUAAAUCAUUUGAAAUACUUUAUCUGUGUGGGAUUGAGCUUGCCUAGCUCAAUGGACCAAUAGAAUAGCACCAAAACUGCAGAUCACGCCGAUCUGUCACUCCAGGCAAGCUACAGCAAGUAUUUCAAAGAUUUCACAUAGUAUCUGAACCCGACAUAAAAUUACUAACCCUUUUCAACACAUGAGCACAGGCAAGCACACACAUUCCCCUCCAGCAUUCUCUUUACACUGCGUCCCAUAUGUCUCUACGAGUGUGCUCAUUGAUAAAGGUGUUACUGUGUGUGUGUGUGUGUGUGUGUGUGUUAUCUGAGCCUGUGUUAUCUGGGGUGCUGGAGGCAGCCAUCUCGCUGAGUCUUUCUUUAAAGAUACCACUGAACGUGGGAUGCCUCUCAAUGUCUGUUCUGGUAGACACUUUUUUACAGAGCAAAGGUGCCUGUGUGUGUGUGCGCACGUGCGUGUCGCCCCGCGAAAAAAACUAAACUCUCCAGACCUUUAAGAGGAACAGAGGUUGUUAUUGUCGCAUUUUUCUUUUGUAGUUGUGGAAUGUGAUUUUUGGUAAUUGUAUCUCUAAAGCAUAGUUCCAUUUUUACAAGGAUACUGAUCUUCAGUAACAAUUGCCAGACUGAAUGUUAGCGUUGUAAAUCCUGUGCUGCUAAUGGAAGUUGUGUAUCCAACCAGACAGAUCUGAGAACAGCCUGUGAAGCCUUAUCUAUCUAUAGCUGAAUGCCUCUGGCUGCCUCCUCUGAUUCCCUGCUCAUGUAUUUGGGCUUUAACAGAGUUCCUUUGAAGCGUUUGAUGCUAUAAGAUUGUGAGCUGGGAUAAAGCAGAGCUCAGGCUCAGAUGGACCACUGGAGGAAGAUGAGGUUAUUUACAGUAAUGCAUUGUGUUGUCGGAAUAGCACAUCUCAACCAAAAGCAGGUUGUCUGUGUAUGGGUUAGUUUGUUUCUGUAUCUAACCUGUAUGUCUCUCUAUCUCUGUCUCUAACCUGUCUGUCUCGCUGUCUCUAACCCAGCGUUUCCCAAACUAGGGGUCACGACCCCAUGUGGGGUCGCCUGAUUUGAAAAUGGGGUUGCGAGAGAAACUCUGGGGAUUUUUAUUUAUUUAAUUGCACUUGGUUCAUAAAACCGGGGUUAUGUCAGUAACCUCCGGUAGCCAGUUUCUGUUUCUUUUUUUCUACAAAUGUGGUUCUAUCUUUUGAAUGGUUUAAGCUGCAUAUUAUGACCCCAUCACUGAAAGAUAAGACUCUCAGGAACACGUACGUGUCUUCUGUUUCCCUCUACAACGCCCACAAGCCUCAUUAGAAUAGAGUGGACAAGACCAGGCACUAAAUCAGCCUGGGGGGGAAAGAACAUCAUCAAGAUCAAACAAAAUGAUUGCCUGAUGAUCUUCUGAACAUCCCAAUACCUUUCUGAUUUAUUUCAGUCACUUCAAACCAUACUUCCUUCAGACUGAAAUACUGUCAAAAGUACUGUCAGACUGAUUUGUAAUAAACUGUCAUAUCCCCAAUUUAAAAAGUUAACAUUGGCCGUUGAUUACAUCACCUUUUUUACAUGGUGGGGUUGCAAAAACAAAGAUAACAAAAUCGGGUCGCUGGCCAAAGAAGUUUGGGAACCUCUGCUCUAACCUGUCUGACUCUCUGUCUAACCUGUCUGACUCUCUGUCUAACCUGUCUGACUCUCUGUCUAACCUGUCUGUCUCUCUGUCUCUUUAUUUAACCCAUCUGUCUCUGUUAAAUGUGUGUCUAAUCUGUCUGUCUCUGUCUAACCUGACUGGCUCUCUCUCUCUGUGUAGAGGAGGACCAAGAGACCUCGGGGGAUUUUGGUAGCGGGGGCGCCGUCAUUCUCCUUGAUGACCAGGAGGAGGAGCCAGCUCAGAGUGGGAGGAGCCGGCAGAAGCAGAGGCGGGGCCGGAUCCAUCCCAGAGGGGCCAUUGAGGAUGACGAGGACGAGGAAGAUGACAAAGACGACGAGACUGGCUACAUC